CGCUUGUCAAGCGGGAAAUUGUUUUCGUUUUUGUACGAAAGGACGAUCCCGGGAAACGGGAAGCGUGUGUAAAACUAAUUCUGUGUAGCUACAUUGAAACAAAUCCUACAGAACAAUCCAGCUUGCGUAAGUUUAAAGUGCCAGUAGUGUAGGUUUCUUAAAAGCAGGUGCUGGGCAGGUCUCUAUCCACCAUGGAGAACCUACUGCGCGGUUCGUCUAGCUUCAGCGAAGCUGCAAUGCUAUUCACCGAUGAAAAGAUUGCCAACGCACGAACGAAGAUCGUCGAAGCACUGAACGAAACGCAAACAGCAAAUGCCACCCAGAAGUGUGAAAUAAUUGCCAAAAUACAGGAACUCUUACUGCACACGGACGUGGAGUUGCUGAAUGAAUUUCUGGAAAACAUACUAGUGUUCGCUCACGAUGUGGCCUCCGAUGUGCGGAAAGCGAUUGCCGGCUUCAUAGAGGAAGUCUGCAAGCAGCACAUCGCAACACUACCGAAGGUUGUUGGCACGCUGUUUUCCCUGCUGCGGGAUUCCAUUCCUAACGUCACUAAGCGUGUGAUUCAGGGCUGUGGGUCCAUCUACCGGUUGGCGAUACAGUGGAUCUGUCAGCUGGACGAUAUCCCCGAGGAGGUGGAGCAAGCUUGGAAUACGCUGUGUCUGAUGAAGAUUUCCAUCCUGGACAAGAUCGAUGAUGAUAACGAUGGAAUACGGACGAAUGCGAUCAAGUUUCUGGAGGGAGUAGUGAUACUGCAAACGUACCCGGACGAGGAUAGUUUGAAGCGCGCGAACGAUUUCUCGCUCGCGGAUGUACCACUCACGAUGAAGCAGAUCCGCCGCCGUAAGUUGGAAGACGAAGCGACCAACAUCUUCGAGCUGCUGUUACAGUUCCAUGCUGCGUCACACAUUUCCUCGGUUAAUCUGAUUGCCUGUACCGGUACGCUUUGUACCAUUGCAAAGCUGCGUCCUUCCACGAUGACGCGUGUGGUAGAAGCGCUCAAGCACCUUCACUCGAAUUUGCCCCCAACGCUGACCAAUUCGCAGGUUAGUUCGGUGCGUAAGAACUUGAAGAUGCAGUUUCUAAACUUGCUCAAACAUCCGGCAAGUUUUGAGCAUCAAGCCACAAUGGCACAGAUACUGGUCGAUCUGGGUGCCUCCAAUGGUGAGAUAACGCGAGCCAUUCCGAAGAUGGACAAAAAGGAACAACAGCGUCGUGCGAAACGGGCACUGGAAAACUCGAUGGCAUCUCAGCUGGCAGCGAAACGUGCCAAAUUGGACGGACAGAUGCGAAAGGACAAGGAUGAUAGUUCGGGCGAAAUGCGCGAUCAACCACGCACCAUGGAGAUCGACUACGAGGAGUUAAACGAACAGAAAAACCGUUCCAACCAACAGAACGAACAAUUUCUUGUUGAGGUGCUGCAAAAGACGGAUCUGGUCGCACAGCUGGUCAUUACAAACAUGGACAAACUCUCCGAACAAAUGCUGCAAAAUGCAAAACCCACGGCAGUGCAUUCGGUGGAGCAAUACAUUAAAAAAAUCGCACAAACGUUGGCCGCCCAAAUGAGCGACGUCAAGGUCGGACCGGGUGCGAGUGCCUUCACGAAGGAUCCCCCGAUGAAGGUACGCAUAAGCGACGAGGAGGAGAAGAAUAUAAUCCUUUCGGGCAAGCGAAAGCUUGGUGACCCAUCCGCGGAACGAUCGUCGACACCGACUACCGCCGAUCAGGCGGAUGACGAUCUGCCAGAAGGUGCCGGCGAGGAGGAGGAAGACGAUGAAGCGCUCUCCGAGGAAGAUCGCAAGAAGCUGGAGGCAACGCGAAAGCUUAGAGAGACACUGGAGCGCGUCAAGGGCGGUACGGCAGGUACCGGAGGCGAACCGAAACAGCGACAGCGUAUAAAAAUGUUAAAAUUGCAAGAAAUUACAAAACCCCUUCCAAAAGCCACCAAGGAAACGUUCCUGAUUGAUGCCGUGAUGCGAAUAUUGAAAGCGGAACGGCAAGCACUGGUUGGAGGCGUUAGUACGCAGCGGCAUCGUAUCAUUACGGCGUUCGGUUCAUCAUUUGUCAAUCCCGUGCGGGACGUGAUCAUGGAGCACAUUCUGGAGGAUCUACCCAAGCGAAUCGAGCUAGCGUUUUCGUGGAUCUUUGAGGAGUACGGACUCAUGCAGGGCUUUACCCGUUACACGCACGUCAAGCACGACAAUGGACCACAGUACCCCUACACACAACUGCUGGUACGGCUCGUAACGAACAUCAUCGAUCGUCCGAAGGAAACGUUCCGCCCGAAAGAAUCACUGCUGAAACGGCUCUACCUGGAAGCGCCCAUGAUUCCGCAGGAGCUGAUCGACUUGUUGGUGCGUAUGUGCGAGCUGGAAGAGCUGGCCGACUGUGGAAUGCAGAUCGUGAAGGAUUUGCUUAUCCGUCGGCCACCGCGAGAGCGUCAGUAUUUGGACAUUCUGCUCAAAUAUUCAUACUACGAAAAUGGCACGAUACGCGAGAAAGCGAUCGAGUACGUAAUGAACGUGUUUGCCGUCCAUCGCAUUAUGACGGAGCAGAUCGAAAAGAAUGCGCUCAGCUGGUUAGCAUAUCUGGAGCAUGAGAAUCCAACCGAAUCAAUGUUCGCCGUAGAGUACGGACGGGCGGAACAUCCGCGCACGUGGACGGAAGAGCUGGCCAAAGUUUGUCUCGGGCUGUUUCUCGAGGUGAUGGUGUACGAUCAAACGCUGCUGAUGCGCUUUUCGGAGGUGUACAUUAAGGCCACCUCGGAGAUGAAGCGUGCCGUGAUACGGGCGAUCGAAGGUCCGAUUCGAAAGAUUGGUUCGGAGAGUGAAGAACUGUUGCGACUGAUCGAACAGUGCCCAAAGGGUUCGGAAACGAUCAUCAUACGUAUUAUCUAUAUACUCACGGAGAAGUCCCUACCAUCAUCCGAUCUUGUCGACCGUGUCCGGACACUGCACCAAACAAAGGUGUCCGACGUGCGAUUGCUUAUACCGGUUAUAAAUGGUUUAACGAAGAAGGAAAUCCUUAACGCACUGCCCAAACUCAUCAAAUUGAAUCCGGGCGUUGUGAAGGAAGUGUUCAACCGACUCCUUGGCAUCGGUGUCGAGUAUGGUACGGCCGAGCUGCCACUAAAUCCAGUCGAGCUGCUCGUCGCAUUGCACACGAUCGAAACGAGCAAGGUGGAGCUGAAGUUUAUCGUGAAAGCUACCUCCCUGUGCCUGGCCGAGAAGGAAGUAUACACGCACGAUGUACUUGGUAGUGUGAUGCAGCAGCUAGUGGAAAUUGCCCCACUGCCAACACUACUCAUGCGUACGGUCAUACAGUCGCUUACACUUCAUCCCCGGCUGUCCGGGUUCGUUACGAAUUUGCUGCAGCGCCUCAUACUGAAGCAGGUCUGGAAGCAGAAGGUAGUUUGGGACGGAUUUCUCAAGUGUGCCCAACGGCUUACACCGCAAAGCUUGGGCAUACUGAUCCAGUUGCCCGCCCAGCAACUACAGGACGCCAUCACCAUUUGUCCCGAGUUUCGCGAACCAAUGCUGGAACAUGCGCGCGAAAUCAUGGAGCACCAGAUUGGGCACGUGUCGCAACAGGUGAUGGAUGUGCUGCUUGGCAUAUCGCCGUACUCUACGACAGAAUCAUCUGAUCUGCAAAUUGUGAGCAACUACACUGACGAUGCACCGAUGUCCUCCCAUUUGCCAGUAAAAAUAAAGCUAGAAAAAGAUGUUGAUCCUCCGGUCGCCCCGACACCAGCACAAGGCAAAGAGUAAUAAGCAUUACCCGAAGAAACACGCGUGUUCUCAACCGUCUCGUUAAACAGUUAGAAACCUCCCCCGUACCCUCAGAAAUAGCCAAUGUUCGCAAAAAUAAAUGUAUAUUUUACAUUAAAAGUGUACAACGCAUCAUCUAGUAUGGUACAUCCUUGCCCGGGAAAGGCCGAUCGCUUACAUCGGCGGAAAGAGAAUAGGAAAUUGAAUAAAAGUAUAAUACUAACAAGGAA